UACUCGGCGUGAACAUCUGUUAUCAUUAUUAGAUAUUUAUGUUUGAUAGAUGAUUAUUUUCUUUUGUCAUCAUCAGUUGUUCAUUUCGGGAGCAUAACAGAUGUUGGAGCCCCGUGCUAAAAGGAGGGUCCAUUACGCACUAAACUAAUGGACGUCAAUUGGCACCUCCAGCCCAACAUUAUUUCUUUGAGGAUGAUUGUGCGUCUUAGAGUGGAAAGGAGGGGUGAGGAGAAGACAGGAGGGUGGGUGGAUUCAGAUAGAGGAUGGUUAGUGGCAUCAGGAUCCAGCUUCAUUAGCUCAUAAAUGCUUUUCUCGGGCUUAGAUACAGUCUGUGAGCUUGUGACACUAUGGAUGAAGAAAAUGACAGCUCGUGCUUGAACAGCUCUCUGGUGGGCAUGGACUACUUCAGCAACCUGGAGGAUAUCGACGUGACAGCAGAUGGAAGUCCGAUUCUGAGAGUCCUCAUCUGUUUGAUUUAUUCUGUGGUCUGCGCUGCUGGUCUGAUGGGCAAUCUCCUCGUCCUCUUCUUCAUCAGAGUCAAACACGAGAGGAGAAAGUCCAGGGUGAACUUUUUCGUAUUCAACUUGGCUGUGACGGACCUCCAGUUUGUGCUCACGCUGCCCUUCUGGGCCGUGGACACCGCACUGGACUUCAGUUGGCCGUUCGGGGACGCUAUGUGCAAAAUCCUCCUCUCUGUCACCGUGAUGAACAUGUAUGCGAGUGUGUUUUUCCUCACCGCCAUGAGUGUGACCCGCUAUUGGUCCGUAGCCUCUGCCCUGAAGAAUAGGACCGGACAUAGGUCUUGUUCUGCAAAAUUGACCUGCGUAAUCAUUUGGACACUGGCGACUUUGGCAACUGCGCCCACAUCGAUUUACUCCACUGUCAGCAAUGUAACCGGAGAAAAACUCUGUCUGCUGAAGUUUCCCGGGGGACAGUACUGGCUAGCCGUCUAUCACAUACAGAAAAUACUUGUAGGUUUUGUUUUACCAAUGUCUAUUGUAUCCAUCAGCUACAUCAUGCUGCUGCGCUUCAUCCGCAACCGAAGCAUGAAAACAAGCAACUCCAAACGGAGAUCCCAAGUCAACAAAUCCAUCACUAUUGUCGUGUUGUCUUUCUUCCUAUGCUGGAUGCCGAACCAUGCCAUCACUUUGUGGAGUGUUUUGGUCAAACUGAACGUAGCAAACUGGGACAAAGCGUACUACAUAGUACACACUUAUGUGUUCCCACUGACCGUCUGCCUGGCGCACACCAACAGCUGCCUGAACCCGAUUAUUUACUGUCUGAUGAGGAAGGAGUUCAGGAACAAACUGAGGGGUCUGAUACACAGAGAAUAGAGGGUGCGUUUCCUUUGUGGCUCAAUUAAAUAAGUGAAAACAUGUUUAAAAAAUACUCAUCAAGACGCACGAGUGCGCAGGAGACAUGGGGCGAGAGAGGAGAACUGACAUAAACACUGCGCACAGCUUACAUCAUGUUACGACUAUUAAGUCGGUUCUGCUCAUGGAAAAUGUGACCUCUUGCAGUGCUUUCUGUAAUUCAAGGUUUGCGUAAUUUGGCGAGGUUAUGUAUUUGGAGAAACCAUCGCAUGUAGUUUAGGGCUUUACACUAAGAACUACUAAUAUUGUGUCAGAAUGUUACGCUACAACCAUUGUGGCACUACUCCUCAAAGAGCCAAUAGAAGAGAAGCACUACAGUCUGAGUAACUGCGUGCGUAAUUGCCCAUGAAACUAAUCACGCAUUGAUGUGCUCACGUUAUAACUGUAUGGACAUUUGUCUUCAGUGUUUCAGCUCCUGUCCUACGUGCUGCUGUUGUCCGCAUCUUUGAACGCAUACUCGUGCACCACGGUCUUUGUUCUAAUGUAAUUCUGUAGACAAAAAGCAAAUAUUGCUUUUAUUUUGUUCUUGUGCUGGACGUUUUGUCUGCGCAAGGAGCAGAAGGAGGGCAUCUCAUCGCUGUUUACAUCCACCACUGAAUGCUAUAGCAAAAUAUGUAAAGAAUGUAAAAGUACUAUGUUUAUAAGACAAUCAUGAAUGUAAUAUGACCUCAUCACCUGCUAACGUAAAAGGAGAGAUUUUAAAGGAUUUUUUUUUAGCUAAAGGAAACAAAAUGUAUAAAAUAUGAUUGUUGUAAAUACGCAAAAACUAGAUGUAAUGAUACAAAUGUUGUGAAGUU